CUGUAUAAAACAAAGAAAAUCUAAAAUAAUAUAAUAAAAAUAAUAAUCUUAAAAUAAUAAAAUUAGGCUACAUCUAAACAAUUAAAAGCCGGUUCUGCCACAGUUGAGUAAAGAAACGAUUCUGUAAAUCAUAACCAACAGUGCUGCAAUGCCAAUUAUUUGAGCUUGAUUUUUCUCUGAAAGUUUUUUUAUAAAUAUGAGCAGUUUUUGGGAGGGGAUUAUUUCUAAAAUACGUUAUUGUUUGUCCAACAUAUGACAAUAAGUUAUGGCUGCUUUGCUUAAUUUUGUCUUGGUUAAGUUCUUCUCAAGCACCCAUCAGUGAAUGAGCGCUGGUUUUUAAGUGGCACUCACUGCCAUGUGUCUCUUUCUGCUCUUGUUGUGAUGAGCAAAAAGACAAUAUUUCACUGAUAGUGUUAACUAAAGUGUUUCAGUUAAAAUACAAACAUACAUACAGACAUAUAUAUUAUCACAAUUUUAAAAGUAGUCAUUAUACCAGUCUAAAUAAGAAUGUGUUGGUUUAUUACACAUCCCUCAGUAUUCACAGACAGUAGGCACCAUUUCUAGCUGCAUUAAAAAAAGCUUUAUUUACUUGGGAAACUAUCUACAUUAUACGUGUUUAAACUGGCCUGAUGGUCAUUGUACUCUAGUUUCUGCUGAAAGGAAAUUAAUUUAUCUUAAUGUUCAGGAAUACACCGUUACACACCUGAACGGUACUGAUUGCGUCAUGACGUAUGCGUCAUUGUAACAUGACCACACCCUCAUCUGAAGCUCAGUUUCACACAAUUCGCAAGGGACAGAGGAAGCCAAAUGGGGAUCUUGUACUCAGAGCCCAUGUGUCAGGCAGCUUAUGACGAUGACAUCCGCAAGUUGCAAGAAAUGAUCUCAGCUGAUUCCAGAAAUGUAAAUGCUCAAGAUGACGGAACAGGAGACACGCCGAUCAUAGCCGCCUGUAGACGGGGAAACCUUAGGACUGUCAAAUACCUUCUAGGUUGCAAUGCAAACGUGUCUAUUAGAAAUAAGAAAGGAAGGACAUGUUUGCACUAUGCUACGAGAAGAACAUUUUCCUUCCUGGACUACCUGAUGAUCGCCAUAUUAAUGCCUAUCUUGUUAAUUGGUUAUCUUAUAAUGGAAGAGAAGCAAAGAAAAAAUGUAAAAUUGAUGGAGCUUUUGUUGACCACUAAAGUGGAAGUAAAUGCUGUAGACUAUAAGGGGAACACUGGACUUCACUAUGCGUGCCAAAGAAAAAGUCAGAGAAUCAUUCCAUUGUUAAUGGAGAAAAAUGCAGAUGUUUCAGUACAGAACAAAGAUCAUGAAACUCCACUAGAUAUUGCAAAGAGACUACAAUUCCACAAAAUUGUUACAAUGUUAACGAAAUCAAUGUAAGUAUUAGAGACUUGUUUCAUGUGCAGCAGCAGUGGGAUCCUUUACAAUUCACCAGCUGAGUUUUAGAUUGGGUUUACACCAAUUACCACAAUUUACACAUUUUUCACCACAACUGUUAUAUAUAACCUUACUGUUAUAAAAAUACAUUUCUCAGAUAAAAGAUGUAUUUAAGCAUAUUUGAUUUAAUUUUGGAUUUGAUUACUCGUAUGUGUAUUGUUUGCAUAUUGAUAAUUUAAUGUACUGUAUAUGUAUAUUCAGUUUGUUUUAAAGUGUUAAAGUUUAUUGUUAUCACUGUGAGAUUUCAAAUGGAUUUAGCUUGUGUUAAAUUGUGAAUUUAAAAGUAAAACCUCUCACUAAGCAAAGUUACUUUUUGAAUACA